CGGUCUUGAUCAUCGCUACUUCUGUCAUUACAUCUCAAGAUUGCCCAAUAGGCGUCGAGAACUCGCCAUAACUCUAACCGCACAUUGCGGAGACGGCUGUUAACCUUGCUUAAUCCUGCGUCAAAGGACCUUCCGCCAGUGUCGUGAGAACUACAACUGCUGCCCUUCGGACAACGGCAGAACCACCGACGCGGAUCCGAACAUACAUCUCCUUGUUGUCCGGCCUACCUGACCCUCUGGACAGUGCAUCUCUUCUCCCUGUGAGACCAUGUCGCUUCGUGGACAAUGAAUCACCCCACCUCUUGGUGCUAGUUCUGGGUCUGGACACGUCGCAGUCGCUGUGUCGCGGCGGGGGACACACCAGAAGGUCGCUUGGGUCAACAUUAACCAUAUUUUCGACCACCUACGGUUGAUUGGACUCCUCGCAGGCUCCGUUCAGUCUCUGACACGAUGAACGACGUUCACGUACAAAGGCAGAGAAGUGAGAGCGAAGGUGCAGGACAGGUGCCAGAGACUUACGGCGCAGACCUCUCGUUAGGAUCAUCCAGCUCAAAUCGCGCUCAACAUUCCGUUGCCUCCUCCACAGCACAGACUUCCAUCGACCUUACCCAAACAACAGCUUACUCGUCUUUCGAUAGCCACCAUGCCUCUGGUGAAGCUGCCAAGCCAGAUUCUGACUUCUUGGGUAUGGUCAUGAAUUGGGGAGCCAACGACAAUAACAGGCGGUCAGAUGUGCGGACAAGUCAGAUGCUCAGCGGUAGUGUGUUUGGCCAAUCUCCCGUUACCCACGGCCCACCUGGUCCUCCUCGUGAGUGUAUCAUCUUGCGGUCAAGUCGAGACUGUGUACUUACUAGUGCACGCGUUGAAGCUUCUGCGCCGCCUCCUCCGCCCCCAUCUCACCAAAGUCAGGCUCCAAGAGCUUCCCGAAUCCCGAUCCAAGCCUUUCGUCGGAAUACCUCUGGACAAGCUCCACCACCGACCCUCCCGCCGCCAACCAGCGCGCUCCCUGCGCUACCGACUGGAGCUCCUCAGGAGCCUUCAACACCAUCGAGGUCCGGGAGCACUGGCUCACAUUCCCCUCGAGCUUCCUCUCAUCGACAAUCCGCAACUCCUCCUCCUCGUUCUACUUCUCUUCUCUCUCCAGCACACCUGGUCGAGGCCGAAUCAUCCGCUGGACCUUCAACCUUGUCCUCAAAUCCCUCACCCUCAUCUCCGCUUCGCUCAACCCAUUCCAAGUCGUCUCGCACGCCUUCUCGUCAUCUAUUACAAUCUGCCCUGGAUCUCGCACAACGUGCAGUGGAAAUGGACAAGAAUAAUGACGUCCUAGGCGCUCUUGAUGCGUACAGAGAGGCUGUCGCCCGUCUGAAGAACGUCAUGGAGCGUGUUGGAGUGGAACCGGGUAAAGAAGAAGGGCGAAAGCGCAGAAACACUUCCGGCAAGACUGAAGAGGAAGGCCGCACGCUCAAAGGAAUUCAUGACGCGUACGUCGCUCGCAUACAGUUGUUGAUCUCGUAUGAAAACCGAGAUGAAGCAGUAGACAACACGCCACCCGCAACGUCUGUCUUAUCGUCGACCAAUCCAUCCAUGUCUACAUCAACACUCGUCCCCAAAACUCCCCCAUUUGAAGCUUCUCAAGCUGGGGAGAGAACUCCGAGACCGUCCAUCGAUGUGACGGCACGUGAUCUCGGUGCACUAUCUUUGAACACUAACGAGGACACCGUUCGCCAUGAUUCCGCUCAUAACGAGCUCGCUUCGCCAUUCGCAUCUGGUCGACGACCGACAGAUUCAGGCUUCCACCGGCAAGACCUUUCAAUGGCAGCUGGUGGCGCUCAGGGCCAAGCGCCUUUUGGAACUCCACGGAGCACUUCGCAAAGCCUAUCGCGCGAAUCUCCGCAAUCUUCCCAACAAAGUCCAGAUAUCAUGUCACCCGCGUCGUCGACACGCAGUAGAGGUAGCAGGCGUAAGGUCUCGCGCCCAUCUGUCGGCUUGGAGUCAGAAUUGGAUUUGCAAAUCUCGGAGGGAGAGGAAGACAUGGAAAUCCUGGACAAGACUCCACAAAUCGCCAGUUCAUCGAGAAUGAGCACGAGCGAGACAAGUCAAUCGUCGCCCCGGCGAUCGUCUGGGGUAGUGGAUACUGAUCGACCACUGCCGCCUUUGCCACCACCAAUGAGUCAUUGGGUGGAUGGUCAGCCGAAGAUCCAUGCGCGACAGGCGAGUCUGGGAAGAAGCUCCAUGCUCGUUAGCCCUUCUACAGCCUUGGGAACGAUCUCGCAACGGCGACAAAAAGGUAUCGCUGAUCCACCAGCAUCGGCGCAGAACUUGCAGCAAGCAUCCAGCGAGGGACUGUCAGCAUUCAGUGGGACUUCAGCCUUCCCCACCCGUGUACCCUCUGACCGACAAUCCUCCGGACUCUCGUCCUUACUCCCCACCCGCCUACGUACGCGCUCACAACCUGGACGUGUGGGUCCGGAGGAGAUACCACCGCUGCCCACUGCCACAAUCAGGCACCAAGCGUCUUUUAGCUCGCAACACAAGCCAUCCAUCGCGAGCCUGAACCAUGGGGAUAAGACUGGUUCAGACACAUCCCGAUUCGAUUCAAAUUCAUUGGUCCCACCACCUUCUGCGUCACCCAUGUCUCUCAGGUCUGUGGGACGCUCACUCAACCCUCCGCCAUCCUCUGUCAUUUCUGCCUCCGGCGCUCUCAUGUCACCAUUGCCAGAAAGCCAGCCCAAAGAUCUCGUACAUCGUCCCUUCCACCUCUUGCGUCUUUUGCAGCGGUCCAUGGACCCAAGCAGCUCUGGAUCCUACCUCACGGCCAAGAUACAUAUCUCUUCCGCCGUGUGGAAACCUGCCAUUUGGCCAAAGACGGCUUCCGGCGUCAAGGCUUUGGGCCCACCAAAGAUUGCAGGUCAGGAAGCCAAAGUGAGAAUUAUGGAAAGUCUCAUCAUCAACAUUGGUAUUAUCUCUCGGACGGGCUUGAUCUUAUUAGAUGGACCCCGAGACUUUACACCACCGGAUGGUACGGAGGGGGUGGGUGAUCCUAGCGUCAGCAGGUCCAUGAGUGCGAUGGCAGAUGAGCUUUGCGGAGCCUUUGACGCGCUUGAAGAGGAAAUGGACGCCGGACACAAGCUUUUGAGUAAAAAUGGUGUGGUCGUUGGCGCUUGGAAGGGCAAAAAAUCGGGUACUGGCAUGUCAUGGGGCAACAAGCUCUCCAAGACAAUGGACAAGAUUGCCAACAAUAAGGCGGUCGAAUCGCCAGAUCGCUACGUAGAUCUGCUGUACAGCUUUUGUGCCCAUAUUCAGGUCAUCAGCGACCACCUAUCAUGCGCCCUGGGUCCCUGCACUCAAAACUAUUCAUCGCUAUCCGAUAGAUCUUUCAACGAGCUCAAAGCUCGACUCUUACGUGCUUCUGAUUUUGUCAGUCUUGUCGUUGUACCUUGGAUUUUGGACGAUUUUAAGCAAUUCUUCUUGCGAUAUCUGAAGGGAGGGGUUAGGUACAUGGAGGAAUAAAGGCCAGGGUGGAUUUGUCACCUGAGCUGGUUGCAUCGUAUCUUGAACGAGCACACUGUUCCGAGUGUUCAUGUAGAUGUUGACGGAU